UCGGCUGGCUCGCGGCGGCGGUGGUGGUGGCGGCGACGGCAGCAACGACGCGUCGGUGGCGGCACCAGUGGUGGCCGCAGCAGGUGAACGGCGGUGUGCGGCGGCCGCACACGGUUCGGCCCAAUACAGUCGUGGAGGGAGUGCGAAAUCACGCUGACGCCGUGAGUGGCGCGCAUCACGUCGCCGUCGUGCUUGAAGCGCUGGAACGCGCCGAUCGAACGUGUCAUCGAGGACGCGAGUGAACGUUCGGACGAAGAGGAAAAAGUAGAAGAAAAAAAAGAGGGAAGAAAAGGCCGCGUGUCCGAGUGGGUUGCGAGAGUUCCGCUCCGAGGGGGUUCCUCCGUGGCGAAGUUAAAGAAUCGGCGCCGGAAGAAGCGCGGGCAAAAUAAGCGACGAGAUGCCGGACUGGCGCCGGAUCGGGAAUCUGUAGUAAGAACCAUGUGAAAAACAGAGUGUUGGUUAAUAUACAAGAAGAAGAAGAAGAAAGGGUGAAGAAGUGUAAGGAGAUAAGUGGUACCGAGACGCGCGAGGCGAUCGGAUAUCGCGGGCCGACGAUGUGAACCCGGCGACGGAGAACCGUCGCGCGAUCGCCGAUCUACAAUCAUCAAUUUCCGGUAUCGUGCUCCAUCCGUAUUAUGUACAGAGGCCUCGAACCUCCGAGUUUAGUCCAGCGCCGUCUCUUUCAGCCUCGUUGCUGCUUCCCGGCUUCUUGUGUGACACGUCGCCAAUCUUGAUAUCCGCGCGCGGCUCGUCCGAGUGACCGAUCGCUCGUUUACCCUCGAGAACACCCGCCGACGAAGGGGAGGAUGAGCGAUAAUCGGCAAUCGCGUCAUCCGGAUUCCGGACUCAACUGAGAGCAUUCCGGAAGAGGAAACAGAGGGGUAGUCCGCCGUUAGAUCAGUGUGCGUUUAGACAGUGUGGGUGGAUGUACGCCAACGACGUUCCCUGGUGAUCGGUGUUGCUAUGAUCGUGCCGCGUUGGUCUCGUCACGUGGAACGAUCAUGAUUUACUUUAGGCCGCACGACGGGAGGAGUCUGCGGUGCAACGCGUACGCGAGACACUUGAACGUGCUCGUCGUGCCGCUCUUUCCGCUCUGGAUUAUCGGCGCGUUCUGCGUGAAGGACGUACCCAUAUCACACAUCGUGGCACUGGCUGGAGAUCCCACCUAUCUUCCCUGCGACAUAUCAACCACUGACGAGGGGGACUCGGUGCAUCUUGUGCUCUGGUAUCGCGAGGAUCUCGGUACAUCAGUUUACAGCGUCGAUGCCAGGGACCGGGCGGUGUCGAUGGCCGAGAAAUGGUCGGACGAUUCUGUAUUUUCGAAUCGGGCCCAUUUCAUGCUGGACAAGCAUCCGGCGCAGCUGGGCGUCGAUCGCAUCAGAGAGGAGGACGCCGGUAUCUACAGGUGCCGCGUCGAUUUCCAGAUCGGCCAGACAAGAAACUCCAAAGUCAAUUUAACAGUGAUCGUGCCGCCGCACAAGAUUGCGAUCGUCGACGAGAACGGAAACACGCGGGGUACGACGGUCGGGCCAUACGUGGAAGGCGACAAUCUGCGGCUCUUCUGUGACGUCCACGGAGGUAAGCCGGCGCCGACGGUGACUUGGUAUCUCAACGACAAAUUCGUCACCAACCGGACCAUGAUGCUGCGUAACGCCGUGGCACGCAGCGAGAUCGCUGUUCAGAAUUUGGGUCGGGACGACGUCCACUCGGUGCUGACCUGCAAUGCCACGAAUAACAAUAGGUCGAAGCCGCUGUCGUCGUCGGUCGGCGUGGACAUGCAUUUCAGCCCGUUGGAAGUGAAGAUAAUUGGCGCGAACCAGCCACUGUCGGCGGGCAAGAAGUACGACUUGGUCUGCACAACUUCCGGUUCCAGGCCAUCGGCCACUGUCACCUGGUGGAGGAACGGUCAACGUUUAGUGGAUUCCAAGGAGACCAUCUCCGCCGAUGGGAACACGACCACCAGCGUUUUAUCUUUCAUGGCGACGAAAGCAGACGCCGACAGACACUUGUCGUGUCAAGCUGAAAAUCGAAUCAUGGGAACCGCGCCAAUAGAGGACGGCUGGGUACUCCAGAUACAAUACACGCCGGAGACGCAGAUCCGACUCGGCACCUCGCUGAAUCCGAACGCGAUACGCGAGGGCACGGACGUCUACUUCGACUGUCUCAUACAGGCGGAGCCGUCGGUUUACAAGGUGGAAUGGCGGCAUCAGGGUAAGGCACUCCAUCACAACACCACGCAAGGCAUCAUAAUCAGCAACCAGAGCCUGGUGCUGCAGAAGGUCGAUCGCAGGAGCGCCGGCAAUUACACGUGCGUGGGGUACAACACCGAGGGCGACGGCGGGAGCUCGCCCUUUUAUCUGAAUGUGAUGUUCGCCCCCACGUGCAAACCGAACCAGACGAAGGUCCACGGCGUGGCGAAACAGGAGAAGGCGAAUAUAUCUUGCCAAGUGGAUGCAAAUCCGCCGGAAGUGCAAUUUCGAUGGACCUUCAAUAACUCCGCCGAGAGUAUCGACGUUCCGCCCGGUCACAUCGCGCAAGCUGGCACAUCCUCCAUCGUCUCAUACACACCGCUGACGGAAUUGGAUUACGGGACGUUACUCUGCUGGGCCAACAAUCGGAUCGGGGCUCAACAAGUACCCUGCGUCUACCACAUUAUACCGGCAGGUCGGCCGGAUAUGGUUCACAACUGCACGACCUCGAACACGUCGACCAAUUCGUUCUCCGUGCGAUGUGCGGAGGGUUUCAACGGAGGUCUCCCGCAGUCCUUCCUGCUGGAAGUACGCGAGAGCAACAGCCAGGAGUUGCGUGCCAAUCUGACGUCGCCGGUGCCACGCUUCAGUGUCACUCACCUGGAGUCCGGCGCCCUUUAUCAGGCCUGCAUUUACGCCUACAACGACAAGGGUCGCAGCGAGGCGAUGGUGGUGCAAGCCGGCACCCUUAGGCUGCCGGAGAAACAAUUGACGUCCGAUUCGGAACGUCCGAGACAGCAUGUCAGACUGACACCAAUGCUGAGUGUAAUGAUCGGGGUGGUAACGGCGCUCAUCAUCGUCGCGGUCAUCGUGAUGGUCGUUUUGCGGAUUCAGCACACGCAUGUGGAAGAACAGAACAAAUCGCAAAUGGAGAAUCACGCGAAGCAGACGAAGGCCGUCCCCAUACAGAGAGAGUUACGAUUCCGGGAGGGGUGCAGCUUGCUCGCGGACGAGAAGCACCCCAGCAGCCCGUUCAGGAAGCUGGAGACCAGCGGUGACCUCAGCGAGAGCGACGAGAAGAAUCCGGACAUCAUUCCGCAGCAGAUCGCUGGCGACGAGCCGUCGGAAUAUCUAAGAAAGAGGCGUUUGGUGUCAACGAUCGAGACGUCACCCUCGAGGAGCCUUCUGGAACACUCGGUGACUUCCAUCAGCGGACACAGUAGUUAUGUUGGUUACUGCACGAUCCGCAACGGUAUGCCGCUGCACGAGUUCUCGAACCUGUCAACGAAGCACAAAAGCUUUCAACCGAUGGUCGACGUGUACGAGAGCGGCAUGUGCACGUUGCCGAGGCAACAUUGGCCCAGCCAGAGCGUCCAGUCGAUGUCGAUGACGAUGAGUCCCCCGAUGCUGUACGGCGGUCUGGGCGUCGUUAGCAGGGCCUGCCCGAGUGGCAGCACUCUUCUGACGAAGGAUUGCGACACGCGAGUGCCCGGCCAAUGCUGUCCAGCGAUCCAGUCGCAGAAGGAGGCGACGAUAGGCACGCCGGUGGUGGUGGCGGCCAAGAGGGAGAGCUCCGUGUGACCCUACACCCGCCACGGGGCCUGCACCUGCAGCGUGAGCGACCUGCUGUGAAUCGAAACGCCGUUGUCGAUCGCGAGAUAGCCGCGCGAGUCCCGAACGACACGUGAAAAGGAAGUUUAAAGGACGUUUUUCGGGAUGUCUCGGAGGAAGACAUGCUGGAUUGGAACGUCUUCUGCACGAUCAAGGAAAAUUUUCCUGGGAUCUUCAAAGGACGCGCACGCGUUUCUUAAAAAUUAUGUCUUUUGAACUUUCGACCCCCUGUCAGUUUGGGACACGUUUCGAGUGUGCGGGUCGGUUCGAGUUCGAUGGAUUUACGUUUGCAUUUCGGCGAAAAAGCAUCACGGUUUGCGUCUCUCUGUUGAAUCAAGUGCCCUUUUUUUACACCGAAGAAGGACGGACACCUCGAACGGCUGCUUAGCGGCAGCAUCUCUCGCUUCCCGUGCGUUAGCUUCGUGACCGUGCCCCGGGUGGAACCCUCGACGAGCGAGUUCACCGCACGCACAUAGGCACUCCUGUACAUACCUCGAAAGAUAUUUUGUACGAGUCGCGUAUGCAUUGACGGUUCAUUCCCACCUUUUACUAUGAAACAACACUGUACAAUUUGUCUAGUCGUUGUAAGUAUAAAUAUGUAUAUGCGUUAAGUCGACGGGAAGAGGCGCUAGACCAGAAUAACGUACACUGAGGGGGAUGAUCAUCGCCGGCGCGGUGUAAUUAUUUACAACGCGCAACGGCGGAUGAAACUCUCUGCGGGGACGGGAGAGGAAAAUCGGGAGAGGAGUUGUCAGAGACAUAUCGUUUGUAUCUACAUCCGUGGGAAUCGAGUCGGGCGAGACGGGCGUACGAAGAUCAUGAGAGCAACGGUGGAGUAAUGAGACAAAGAGAGAGAGAGAGAGACAGAGGGAAGGAGAGGAAGAGAGAAAGGAAAGGAAGAAAAAGAGAGAGAGAGAGAGAAGAGGAAGAUACAGAUAAAAAUCCCCAUCGCGCUUUCGUCAGUCUGCAGUAUUCUGGAUUUCAUAGUAAGAUUAAGUAUCUCUUGUACAAUGUAUAAAGUAACGACUUCCUUCGAAGUAAAUGUACCGAGUAUGAUGAACGUUGUUUCUCGAAGUCUUGAAUCUUACUCUAUAGGGCGACCGGGCGCCGAUUACCGCCCGCGUUCGUAAAGAAAAAGAAAAGACAAAAAAAAAGAACCGUGUGGUAACGUAAUCGCGAUAGCACUUCUAACUUACUGCCUGUUUCGAUGCUUGCGAAUCUCGUUGGUUACUUCGUUCGGCCGAGGCUGCCGCUUUAGCCUCCUCCUUGUAUCAUAUAGCUGUAAAGGAUAAAAGAAGAAAGAGUCGCCGAAGGGCGCCUCGUCAUAUCCUCCGUACGUGAAUAAUUAUCGUCGUCGAUCCGGAGCGGCUCAUCGCGCCGCCAAGUCGCCAAUCCAAGUCGAAAGGCGAGCUCGGUAGCUCCUCCUGACAUUGAGCAGUCAGUUCUGCACUCUGAGGGAUGAAUUUUGGAGACGUAUCACGCGAGACGCGCGUCUCUUCUUUUCCCGAGGAAGUGGUCGCCCGAUUCGUAGCACUCCGUCUCGAUCUGUACAGAUACUGAUUUCCGUGUGCGGGACUACGUUCUGAGUGUGCGACAAUCCCGACUGCAAGGAUUCACGUGAGAAACCGAGCGUGUUUCAUCUGAUGUGGCUGUGCAUGCGAGAAAAAAGCAAGAGAAAGCGAGAUACGCCUCUCCUUGCGUAUCUACAUAUGUAUUUAUUAUGUCUAGAUAAUUCUAUUGUUUUACCGUUCAAUGUGAAUUCGAUACGAGUAGUCGCAAUUGAACUACGAUUGUUGCGCAUCUUCUCGGGCGCGCCGCUUGCCGCGAAGCAAGGCAACAUUUUACGUACAGGUUCUGGAAAGCUGAAAAAUUUGUUUUCGCGCUGCUUGCGUACAUAUAUCACGUUUCGCGGUAAUUAAACGCUAAACGGUCGUGCCAGCGAAUUUAAUCUUUAAAUGGAUUCGCAAUUUCAUUCCCGGGUCUUCGGUUCCUCGACGCGGCUCCGACGCGUCGCUCCGCUGAAGUCAAAGUUUCGCUGUGGCCGUGUUUGUCUAUCAGAUCGGAACUUCGCGCUAAAUUCACCAUGGACGGAAUGUAGGUCUGUGACUGUUUGCAGUCGUCUUCAUCGUCAUUGUCGUUGUCGCGCAUUUCGUUAAUACGCGCAUACAGAUGAACACAUUCGGCAGGGACGACCGAAGCUACUGCAUACCCGAAACGAAGCACACGCUUCCGAAGGAAACUGCGAACGAUCGACGAGAGACUCGAAAAUGGAACGCGGAACACGACGGAGAAUCGCGUUCUCGCGUGCCGUAACGUCUCGAGGAUCUCCAGACGAAGAUGUUGUUUCCCUUAGUCGCUUAGGCACCGCUCCCGAGAGAUCGGACUAUUGACGAGAUAAAAAGUGAGAUAAAUCGUUGAUGAUGAAGAGGAUUAUUAUGAUGAUGAUGAUGAUGAUUAUUAUUAUUAUUGCCAUUAAUGGAAUUGAUGUCGGAACAUUGUGAGUGUACGUUGUCGAGAAGAAUUUUAGUGAUCGUUGAAACGCAGCCGAAAUUACGCGUACCUUCUUCCCCUACCCCCGCCCUUGUUAUAACUUUUGCACGCAUAGAGAUUGUGUAAUUGUGUAUGCGGUAACGGGCCGCUGUGCAGCAACACACAAAGAAAUUCCGCAAUGAGAGAGAAACGUCACGAGAACGAAGCGUACAAUAAAACCUGGAUUUAAACUGCCAAAGUUUCUACUCUUUAUUCGUGUGUGGAUCGUGUGCGUGUGCGUGUGUGUUUGUGUCUGUGGACGACGGGUGGAUGUGUGGGUGUGGAUCACUAUACGCGCACUAUACUAUAAAACAAAAGUCGUGGUGUCAACUUUUUAAUAAACGGAAAUGGAUUCUUUUCUAACGGAGAAUACAGCUGCGUUCUUGAGACACGUUCAUUAUAUCCCGCUUGAUUAAUUCGCAUCCGACGAAUUUCCAGAAGGAUGUUGUUCUCUCACCGUUUUCCACCGUUUUUACUGGUGGAGACUGUCGGUCUCCUCCUUCUUCUUCUUCGAGUUUUCGUUGUGCGGAACCUUCCGGUGGCCGUGCUCGUCGAAGACAUCGUGAGGCAUGAUAUCGCACGGCGGUGGCCACACAUUAUUAUCUGAAAAAUGACCAAACAGUGUUUGUCAGCUGGCCGUUAAACGAUCAAAAUGACAAAUCGAGAUUUCCUUCAAUCGCGCGAGUGAUACGCGCGCAAAGUCGAUUCAGCGAAGCCGCAAUGCUUCGAUUGACGCGUGUCGCAUGCCGAUCCGGGUAUAUGAAAUUGAAACUCAGACGGACCGCUGAAAAAUAUCGCAUCUUUCAGGAUAAAAGUACAUCACAGCACUCUGUCCCAUGAUUGCCUGUGUAUCGUAAGUAAACGUGACCGGAUCUGACCAGCCGCCGCUUGCGCGAGAUACUGCAUUGAAGUUUGUACAUGUACUUAGUUCAUAGGACUGUCUCCGACAUACACACACACGAGUCUCAUGUACCCUCAGAACGUUUUUUUGAUAUUGUAAAUAUUCUGAAAUAAAUAAUCAUUUUUAU